UCUGCACGGCCCAAUAGCGAUGCAGACAAUAAGCAACAUAAUUGUCAGACAUCCAGUACCAUGGAUCUGGACUAGUGGAAACAAACUAGGGUCUUCCUCCUGGCAGUGGUACCCUGGACGUCCUCUAGUCUACAACAACUGGUCUUUCACUGGCGGGCUUGGCCGACCACAGCCAGAUAACCGCGAGGGUAAUGAAGACUGCCUUGGUGUGUUGAAAAAUACUUACAAUGAUGGAAUCGCAUGGCACGACAUCACUUGCUACCAUAAGAAACCAGUUAUCUGCGAAACUAGCAUUCAAAUUUAAAAUUUUAAAGUAAUAAAGAAUUGAUGGUUA